AUGGAACAUUACAUUAGUUUACAAAUAUUACAAUUGAAUAUGCUGUAUGUGAAUUGCGUUUUUAUAUUAAAGGCUUGUUUCAAAAGAAUCGAUGACAAUCUAAUGAUUCUACGAGAAUUCGUGAUUAAAGAUAAAUCGCAUAUUCCUAGACUGAUUUAUUACCACCAAAGAAACCCACUUCUGUUGGAAGGAAUUAAGGUUCUACGAAAGGAACAUCUGAUGAUUAGCAAUACAAUGCAGAUGUUGAAUAAAAUUUUCAGUCUGCAGCUCCUCGCGACUUUUGCCAUAGCCUUCAUCGAGAUUACUUUCGAAAUAUAUUUUAAUACAGUGCAGUGGAAAAACGGGCUGUCUAUCAGUCUGACUAAGCAGGUUCAUAACUCGUUCGUAAUAUCCUACUUGACGUAUCAUAUUCUAAAAGUACUAUUAAUAAUAUGGAGUUGUGAAACCGGCAAAAAUCAAGCCAUAAAAAUUAGCACCACUGUCCAUGAUGUUCUUAAUAGUACCAGCGACAAAAACAUAAAAUAUGAGUUGCACCUGUUUUCUUUACAAAUACUGCAUAGCAACAAUACAUUUUCUAUGAAAUGUCUUACUGUGGAUGCAACUUUUCUCACUGCGAUGGUGGGUACUGUCACCACGUAUCUUUUAAUUUUAAUUCAAUUCUUAAUCUCAUCGCAUUCUUGCAAUGGAAAGAUUACAAAAAACGAUUAA